AUGAAAUCCUUCCAUGUAUUAUCUUACAUCCCUCUAGUUAAUCUAAAAAUUUCUUGCUAUUUUUUGAAGCUUUUGCUGAAUUAG